CGUGAUAGGAAUAUAUCUAAUAUAUCUACUUUAUUUAAUGAAUAUUCUUCUAAUACUUCGCUCUCCUCUAUCUUAUCCUACUUAGAUAUUAUCCCUAAGAAGCGGAAGGAAAUAAGCUCCUAUAUUUCUUCCCGGAAGGAUUAUCCUAAUAACUAUUUAGAUAACUAUAAAGAACUAAUCCUAGAAAAUAUAAAGAAAAAGAACGCCUACCGCCUUAGACUGGAAAAUAGUAUACUACUAGUAAUAAGCGCUACUCUUCUAUCGCUAUCGUUAUUCCUCCGCUUAAAGCCGAAACCUAUUCUAUUAAAUAAAUAUAAGAGCAAAGGUAGUAAUAACUUUGAUAAUUCCUCGGACGAAGACUUUAUAAAACUCUUGGGCGGUAAGGACUCCGAGAGGAGAAACACGGGGUCGGAGCCCACUUUCUUCUUCACUCUCGUACCCGACAACAUCCCCUCGAUAUCAUAUAUUACCGCGUACAGUCCUCCCCACAACUCCGAGAAAGCAGAUAGAGUUUUGAACCCGCUAAAGAGCGAGUAUUCAAUGGACGAGGAUAACUUGCUAGUGAAGUUGAAGGAGGAAAGGAAGUUAACAUGGAAGGAAAUCACCGACUAUUUUCCUGGCCGCAAGUCCUUCCUCUUCACUGCAGGUUCAAUAUUCUACCAAACUAAAGCACCGGAGGGUCGGGGUAGGCCGACCACGGGGUCGGAGGGGCAGAAAGAAAUGAUAACAUGCAUAUUUCUAUAG